AUGGCCACGUUUGUCUGCAGGGUUCAGUUUUUAGAUGACACCGAUCCGUUCAACAGCACGAAUUUCCCAGAACCGACGAGACCACCGCUGUAUACCUUCAGGGAGGAUAUCCCACUCAUCAACCAGUUAGCAGGCAUCCACCGGCUCCUCAAAGCGCCGCACAAGCUUGACGACUGCACGCUGCAGCUCUCCCACAAUGGCACCUAUCUGGAUCUGGAGUCCUCUCUGGCCGAGCAAAAGGACGAACUGGAGGGCUUCCAGCAGGAUGACACAGGGUCCAGAGGGAAGAAGCACAGUGUUAUUCUUCGGACCCAGCUGACCGUCCGUGUACACGCCUGCAUCGAAAGACUGUAUAACUCCAACGGACGUGACUUGAGAAGGGCUCUGUUCUCUCUAAAGCAAAUUUUUCAGGAUGACAAAGAUCUGGUCCAUGAGUUUGUGAUGGCUGAAGGUCUGACGUGUCUCAUCAAGGUGGGAGCAGAGGCUGACCAGAACUACCAGAACUACAUAUUAAGAGCACUGGGGCAGAUCAUGCUGUACGUAGACGGGAUGAACGGUGUCAUCGGGCACGCUGAGACGAUCCAGUGGCUGUACACGCUUGUUGGUUCAAAGUUCCGACUGGUGGUGAAAACAACUCUGAAGCUGUUGUUGGUGUUUGUGGAGUACUCCGAGUCCAACGCCCCACUGCUGAUAGAUGCCAUCACCUCCGUGGACGCCAAGAGAGGAUGCAAGCCGUGGUCCAAUACGAUGGAGAUCUUGCAUGAGAAGGAUGGAGUGGACACGGAGCUGUUAGUCUAUGCCAUGACACUCAUCAAUAAGACACUUGCAGCGCUGCCUGAUCAGGACUCGUUUUACGAUAUGGUGGAUGGUCUGGAGGAACAGGGCAUGGAGACAGUGUCCCAAAGACAUCUGGGCCGGAAAGGCACCGAUCUGGACUUGGUCGAGCAGCUCAACAUCUAUGAGAUGACCCUACGGCAUGAAGACGGCGACGAUGACAGCCAGCCUCCACCAAUGGGACGCCGGGACCGCCGACGAGUCAGCCUAGGAGGUGGGGACAAAAAGCGUGGCCUGGAGAGAAGGCGGAGCCGCAGGGCCUCUCUUGGGCGAUCCGGUCACGCCUCUCCCUGCAGCCCUGAGUCCCCACAAAGAGCUGGCUUCCAGCCUUUCAAUGGACAGAGAGCUGAGGACAUGAGCGAGAGGAAUGGAGGUCUCAGUUCCUACUCGUCUCUCAGCAGCCCGAGUACGCCCACCAGCUCCAGGCCUGCUUUGGGAGGUCUUCUGUCGUCCUCGUACCGACAACAUCAGGAAUCUCUGGCGGCUGAGCGAGAGCGCCGCCGCGUGGAGAGAGAGGAGAGACUGCAGAGGAUAGAGAGAGAGGAGAGGAACAAACACAGCCGCGACUAUGUGGAUAAAAUGGAAGAGGCCAGGCUCGCACGGGAGGAGAGGUAUAAGAACGUGGAGCGUCUGGCAGCGGAGGAGUUCGAAAGGGAGCACGUCCGCGUGUCAAGGACUCGCCCCGACCUCAACCUGACCUUUGAGCCUUCGGAGGCCUGGCCCUCGUCAUCUCGCAGCAGCACCCCAUCCUCCUUCGCCUCCCAGGAGGACACAGAGGCUGACCUUGAAGCCCAGACCCCCGCCACCCCUUACACACCCUCUGAGACUGGAGAGGCGGAUGACUCCAGUGCCAGUGUAGAAACAGAGGAAAAAGAGGCCACUGGUGAAGAGGAGGAAGAACAGAAAGAGGAGGAAGCGCCAGAGGAAGUACAGGAGGAAGUAGGGGAGGAAGCAGCAGCAGAAAAGGAAGAGGAAGGAGAAGAGUGUGAGCAGGAACCAGAGAAGGAGAAAGAGGAGGCGGAGGAGGACAGCGGCAUCCUGAGCGACAAAGAGCGACAGAAUGAGGAAGUGAAUGAGAAGGACAACUGCUCGGCCUCCAGCAUCUCCUCCGCCAGCAGCACUCUGGAGAGAGAGGAGAGGGGGAGCAGUGAGAAUGGCCUUAAGGAGGCAGAGGUAAACGAGCAGUGCAGCAAACUCCUCAACAGCAAGCUCUUCAUGCUGGACAUGCUGUACUCCCAGAACAAGAAGCCCAGUGAUGAGGAGGAAGAGGAGGAGGAUGUGGAGAAGGAGAAGGAAAAAGGAGAGGGGGAGGACAAAGAGGCGCUGGAGGAUGCUGACGUGCAACCGGACGACAACCAGGAGAGCGACCGCAAGGCUGACAGGACAGAGCACCAUGGGACCAUCCGACCGUUCGCCGAGCGGUUUGGAGACUUGAUCAAGGACCUCGGUUCGCCCCACCCUCACCCGGAUGUCCCAGCCAACGAGCCCCCUCCUCCUCCACCCAAAAAGGAAUCAGAUACGAUCUGGGACCAGCUCCUGGCCAGCCCUCGAGAGCUGCGCAUCGGGGACAUUAACUUCACCGACCUGACGGAGGAAGACGACAAGGACAUUCUGGAUGCUGUUUUGAUGGGAGGAUGCGGUGACCUCCCGCCCCCACCGCCUCCUCCACCCUGUAUACCCUGCUUCCCACCACCUCCACCCAUGCUAGGCAGCUGCCCCCCACCCCCUCCACUGAUUGGAAUUAUGAGGCCUCCUCCUCCCCCUUCCUUCAGUGCCCCAAUUCCAGUGCCUCCUCCUCCAGAGCCUCCACUCUUCAACAAGAAGAAGAAGACAAUACGGCUCUUCUGGAGUGAGGUGCGUCCGACAGACUCUCAGUACAGGGACUACAAACGGAGCGGAGACUCGCUCUGGUCCAAACUGGAUCCAGUGAAAAUUGACACAGCCAAACUGGAACACCUGUUUGAGUCGAAAUCAAAGGAAAUGCCAGUUACAAAGAAAACAGCAGCAGACGGCAAGCGUCAGGAGAUCAUCGUUUUGGAUUCAAAGAGGAGUAACACCAUCAACAUCGGUCUGACGGUGCUGCCUCCUCCUCGCACUAUCAAGACGGCCAUCCUUAACUUUGACGAGUACGCACUCAACAAGGAGGGCAUAGAGAAAAUCCUGACGAUGAUCCCCACAGAGGAGGAGAAGCAAAAGAUCCAGGAGGCACAGCUGGCCAACCCUGAUGUCCCACUGGGCUCAGCAGAGCAGUUCCUCCUCACUCUGUCCUCCAUCAGCGAGCUCUCUGCCCGACUCCAACUCUGGGCCUUCAAGUUGGACUAUGAGGCAACCCAGAAGGAAGUUGCAGAGCCUCUGCAGGAUCUGAAGGAGGGUAUGGAACAGCUGGAGAAGAACAAAACUCUCCGCUACAUCCUCUCCACACUGCUCUCUAUGGGAAACUUUCUCAAUGGCACCAAUGCGAAAGGCUUCGAGCUGACAUAUUUGGAGAAGGUUCCAGAGGUGAAGGACACGGUUCAUAAGCAGUCGCUGCUGCAUCACGCCUGCUCUGUGGUGGUGGAGAACUUCCCUCAGAGCACCGACCUCUACUCCGAGAUUGGAGCCAUCACGCGAUCUGCAAAGGUGGAUUUCGACCAGCUGCAGGAGAACCUGUGUCAGAUGGAGCGGCGCUGCAAAGCAUCAUGGGACCACCUGAAGGUGAUCGCCAAGCAUGAGAUGAAGCCCCAGCUGAAGCAGAAGAUGUCUGACUUUCUCAAAGACUGAGCCGAGAGGAUUAUCAUCCUCAAGAUUGUUCACCGCAGGAUCAUCAACAGGUUCCACUCAUUCCUGUUGUUCCUCGGUCAUCCGGCUUACAGUGUGAGAGAGAUCAGCGUCCACAGGUUCAGUAAAAUCAUGAGUGAGUUUGCACUGGAGUACCGAACCACCCGAGACCGCGUGCUGCAACAGAAACAGAA